UUGAAUAUACUGUAAGACAAUUUGUUGAGUUUAUCUAUACUAAUAAAAGUAGUCAACGUGAGAGACAUUUUGGAAGAAUAGAAGCUAUUAUUUUACUCUUAUCACAAUCUAAUAUUGAUUAUUCAAAUAAUCAAAUACAAGAUACAUUAAAAAUGUCAAGACUUUUAAGACAUAAUAAAUUAGGGUUUAUUGUAGCAAAGAUAGAAAUGAUCGAGGAUACAAAAAACUUUGGAUGA